CUCACGCGUCCCCUUUCGUGAGCUUGCGGCAAACCCAAACCCCUGACUUGAGAUGCACGACCCUACAACCAACCUUACGCACGCAUCGCGCUCGGCAGCGCCGAUGCUGUGGAUCGGCGAGCGAUGCCAUCUGGAAAUCUGUCAUCGCGAGGACUUCUUACCGUUCAAAUGCAAAGAUUGCCAUGAAAACUUCUGCGUCGACCACUACAAGCCCGAUCUACAUUCGUGCCCCUCGGCUUCUUCAUCACGCUCCAGCGCAGACUUUUACGUCCCCCUCUGCCCUCUGUGUCAUGAGCCACCGACCGGUUGGAAGCGCGAUGAAGACCCCAACAUCGCCAUGGAGCGACACCUUUCGGCGCGUCCGAGGAGCGCAGGGGCUUGCAAGGCGCUUGGAAUAGAUGGAAUGCUGAAGGAUGAGCAGGCGCCGCAAAUGCGUGCUAAGGUAGAGAAAGAAUGCCGUUUCAGGAAGUGCAGGAAGAUCAUGGUCGUCCCCAUCACGUGCCAGAAAUGUCGCCAAUCCUUCUGCCCAUCGCAUCGCGCGCCGCAACAGCACGAGUGCUCCACUAGCGCGAACGCCAGCGCAAGCUCGAGCAAGAGCGGAUCCACAGUAUCCCUGCCUUCCUCAUCAAGCAUUGCCAAAUCGGGCAGCUCGCGCGCCAAGUCCAAAGCUAUGCCGUCCAGCGCGAAUGCGGUGGCAGCGAAUGCAGCGGCAACUAUCAAGGCCAAGGUCUCUGCUCUAGGGAGUACGAGGUCGAACUCCAGCGGCGCGACACAACCAUAUACCACACGAACUGUUUCGUCGAGCGCAGCACCCUCCAAGGCGGAAGCAACACCUCCACAACAAGCCAGCGCCCCCAAUGCAGGCUCCUCGACUUUUAAUUUUUUCGACAAGACUGACAAGUGGGUACCGCGACCGCUUUUCGCGCAGGGUUGAAGAUGUAACAGAAGAUAUGGGGCUUUGCGUGCGGUAGUGUAGUCUACGCAACUUCCGGUCAUGUUGGUGGAAGGGAGUGACUUUACCAUGAGUGGCCCGACAGCCUUUGUUCUGCGAAGAGGGACAUGAUGCUGUGGCUCCAUGCUUCAGCCAAUCCUCAUUUCUGCUUGACGUCAUUCCCGCUAGGUAGGGGUCUAUUCCACUUGCUGACGCCGCGCAUCGUGUUCUCCUCUGCCUUUGACAUCUUGCAGACGCGCAAAAGCCGAGCUGAAGUCAAGCAUCAAAGCCAUGCAGGACCGGCAGCGUCGCGGGCUGCUGACCAAGACGG